UUCUAUUAAUUACCCUUCCUUUCCCCGUCCGAACUGAGCCUUAGAUUCCCACUUUGCUGCCUCUUCCUAGGGAUCAUUUCCUUUCGUCUCAUACGCUAUUACACGCCGCCUCAAGUCCUAAACCAGAAAACCCUCCUUGGCUCCUGCUUUCUUAUCCCCGACAGUCCUUUAGGCUUCGCCUCCAGCUUCCGGCAGCCGUCGUGUUUCCCCGACUGUUUGCUCUGUUCACCGAGUAAUUGAGUUACUAUCAUGACUGAUGAAACUUCCCAUGAUGUCAAGGACGAGGUGGCAGAACUUGCCCCCUUUGAUCCUACCAAAAAGAAGAAGAAGAAGAAGGUUGUCGUACAGGAUAGCGCAGAUGAUUCUGUGGACAAGCUCACUGAGAAAACUGAAUCGAUAUCAGUCUCUGAUGGCCUUGAGAGUACUUUCGCUGGUUUGAAAAAGAAGAAGAAGAAGCCAGUAGAAACAAGUAUUUUGAAUGAAGAAAGUGUGGAUGCUGGAGAAGAUUUGGAUGAUCAUGUAGGGGAGGGUGAAGAAGGAGAAGGAAUUGAGCUGCAACAGCAGCUUUAUCCAUGGGAAGGGAGUGACCGUGAUUAUGAAUAUGAAGAGCUUCUUGGUAGGGUCUUCAACAUUUUGCGGGAGAACAAUCCAGAGCUUGCUGGAGAUAGGCGGAGAACUGUGAUGAGGCCUCCACAGGUUCUUCGUGAGGGAACAAAGAAGACUGUUUUUGUGAAUUUUAUGGAUCUCUGCAAGACAAUGCAUCGGCAACCAGAUCAUGUCAUGGCCUUCUUACUUGCUGAAUUGGGGACAAGUGGAUCACUUGAUGGACAGCAAAGGCUAGUUGUGAAGGGGAGAUUUGCUCCCAAAAAUUUUGAGGGUAUCUUGCGCCGAUAUAUCAAUGAGUAUGUCAUUUGCCUUGGUUGCAAAAGUCCAGACACUAUACUUUCAAAGGAGAACCGUCUCUUUUUCCUCAGAUGUGAGAAGUGUGGUUCUGGACGAUCAGUUGCCCCAAUCAAAGCUGGUUUUGUUGCUCGUGUUGGCCGCAGAAACACAGGGACAUGAGUCUUCUAAGGCUGAGUUUUGUUGCCUGUGUUAGCAGUAUGAAAUAUUGAGACAUGAAUCUUUUAAAGCUGAGCUGUGCAGUUGAUGAGAAGCUAUGAAUUUUGUAUACAGUAUCUACUCUCCACUGUUUACUCUGAUGUUUACCAGAGUUAAAUAAUACUAUAUAUUAAGUUGUGAGCGC